AUGGUACAAAGAUGAUUAUAUUCAACAAAUGCAAAAGAUAUUGCAGUAUUAUAUUUUAUGUUAGCUAUUUUUAGUGGUAUGGCAGGAACAGCAAUGUCUUUAAUCAUUAGAUUAGAAUUAGCUGCACCUGGUUCACAAUAUUUACAUGGUAAUUCACAAUUAUUUAAUGUUUUAGUAGUUGGUCAUGCUGUAUUAAUGAUUUUCUUCUUAGUAAUGCCUGCUUUAAUUGGAGGUUUUGGUAACUAUUUAUUACCAUUAAUAAUUGGAGCUACAGAUACAGCAUUUCCAAGAAUUAAUAACAUUGCUUUUUGAGUAUUACCUAUGGGGUUAGUAUGUUUAGUUACAUCAACUUUAGUAGAAUCAGGUGCUGGUACAGGGUGAACUGUCUAUCCACCAUUAUCAUCUAUUCAGGCACAUUCAGGACCUAGUGUAGAUUUAGCAAUUUUUGCAUUACAUUUAACAUCAAUUUCAUCAUUAUUAGGUGCUAUUAAUUUCAUUGUAACAACAUUAAAUAUGAGAACAAAUGGUAUGACAAUGCAUAAAUUACCAUUAUUUGUAUGAUCAAUUUUCAUUACAGCGUUCUUAUUAUUAUUAUCAUUACCUGUAUUAUCUGCUGGUAUUACAAUGUUAUUAUUAGAUAGAAACUUCAAUACUUCAUUCUUUGAAGUAUCAGGAGGUGGUGACCCAAUCUUAUACGAGCAUUUAUUUUGAUUCUUUGGUCACCCUGAAGUAUAUAUUUUAAUUAUUCCUGGAUUUGGUAUUAUUUCACAUGUAGUAUCAACAUAUUCUAAAAAACCUGUAUUUGGUGAAAUUUCAAUGGUAUAUGCUAUGGCUUCAAUUGGAUUAUUAGGAUUCUUAGUAUGAUCACAUCAUAUGUAUAUUGUAGGAUUAGAUGCAGAUCUUAGAGCAUAUUUCCUAUCUGCACUAAUGAUUAUUGCAAUUCCAACAGGAAUUAAAAUUUUCUCAUGAUUAAUAAAUCCCUUUAGCAAGGAUAAAAAUAAAAAUAAAAAUAAAAAGUUGAUCAGAAAUUAUCAAAAAAUAAAUAAUAAUAAUAUAAUAAAAACAUAUUUAAAUAAUAAUAAUAUAAUUAUAAUAAAUAUAUAUAAAGGUAAUUUAUAUGAUAUUUAUCCAAGAUCAAAUAGAAAUUAUAUUCAACCAAAUAAUAUUAAUAAAGAAUUAGUAGUAUAUGGUUAUAAUUUAGAAUCUUGUGUUGGUAUACCUCUAUAUACUAAUAUUGUAAAACAUAUAGUAGGUAUUCCUAAUAAUAUUUUAUAUAUUAUAACAGGUAUUUUAUUAACAGAUGGUUGAAUUGAUUAUCUAUCUAAAAAAGAUUUAGAUAAAAAAACAAUUAUAGAAAUUAAUUGUAGAUUUAGAUUAAAACAAUCAAUAAUUCAUAGUGAAUAUUUAAUAUAUGUAUUUAUAUUAUUAUCACAUUAUUGUAUAAGUUAUCCUAAAAUAAAAAUUGCUAAAGUUAAAGGUAAAUCAUAUAAUCAAUUAGAAUUUUAUACUAGAUCAUUACCAUGUUUUACUAUUUUAAGAUAUAUAUUUUAUAAUGGUAGAGUAAAAAUUGUACCUAAUAAUUUAUAUGAUUUAUUAAAUUAUGAAUCUUUAGCUCAUAUAAUUAUAUGUGAUGGUUCAUUUGUAAAAGGUGGAGGUUUAUAUUUAAAUUUACAAUCUUUUCUAACUAAAGAAUUAAUUUUUAUUAUAAAUAUUUUAAAAAUUAAAUUUAAUUUAAAUUGUCUAUUACAUAAAUCUAGAAAUAAAUAUCUUAUUUAUAUAAGAGUAGAAUCUGUUAAAAGAUUAUUUCCUAUAAUUUAUAAAUAUAUUUUACCUUCUAUAAGAUAUAAAUUUGAUAUUAUAUUAUGACAAAAAAAAUAUAAUAUGAUUAAUUAA